AUGGUCGGAAUUGGUCCUAAGCAGCCUCCGUCCCGCAAGGGCUCGAGGCACGAACUGCCGCAGAAUCUGCUGCAGCCCAUCAAGGAUUUCGAGGACCAGUUCACUGUGGACCGCGCGAAGCUCAAGCAGAUCGUAGCUCACUUUGUGAAGGAGCUGGAGAAGGGUCUGACCGUCGAGGGCGGCAACAUUCCCAUGAAUGUUACCUGGGUUAUGGGCUUCCCCGACGGCGAGGAGCAGGGUACCUUCCUGGCCCUCGACAUGGGCGGCACCAACCUGCGUGUUUGCGAGAUUACUUUGACCGACCAGAAGGGUGCCUUCGAUAUCACCCAGUCUAAAUACAGGAUGCCCGAGGAGUUGAAGACUGGUACCGCCGAGGAGCUCUGGGAAUACAUUGCGGAUUGUCUGCAACAAUUCAUCGAGUUCCACCACGAGAACGAGAACCUGGCCAAGAUGCCUCUGGGCUUCACCUUCUCCUAUCCCGCCACUCAAGAAUACAUUGACCACGGUAUUCUGCAACGCUGGACCAAGGGUUUCGAUAUUGAUGGUGUCGAGGGCCAGGACGUCGUUCCUCCUCUCGAGGCCAUCCUCAAGAAGCGGGGUCUGCCUAUUAAAGUUGCUGCCCUGAUUAACGACACUACCGGUACCCUUAUUGCCUCUUCCUACACCGACUCGGAGAUGAAGAUUGGUUGCAUCUUCGGCACCGGUGUGAACGCCGCCUACAUGGAAAAUGCAGGCUCCGUGCCCAAGAUUGCGCACAUGAACCUCCCCCCGACACUCCCAUCGCCAUCAACUGCGAGUACGCGCGUCGUCCUCCCCCUCACCAAGUACGACGAGAUCAUUGACCGUGACUCACCUCGUCCCGGCCAGCAGGCUUUCGAAAAGAUGACCGCCGGUCUGUACCUGGGCGAGAUCUUCCGUCUGGCCCUCCUGGACAUCAUCGAUAACAAGCCCAACCUCAUCUUCAACGGCCAGGACGUUUCCAAGCUCCGCAAGCCCUACCUGCUGGAUGCUUCCUUCCUCGCCGCUAUCGAAGAGGAUCCCUAUGAGAACCUCUCCGAGACCGUCGAGCUCUUCGAGCGCCAGCUUAACAUUCGCCCCACCCAGCCCGAGCUGGAGAUGGUCCGCCGUCUGGCCGAGCUGAUCGGCACCCGCGCCGCUCGCCUGUCCGCCUGCGGUGUCGCCGCAAUCUGCACCAAGAAGAACAUCCAGUCCUGCCACGUCGGCGCUGACGGAUCCGUCUUCACCAAGUACCCUCACUUCAAGGCCCGCGGUGCUCUGGCCCUCCGCGAGAUCCUGGACUGGGCUCCCACCGAGAAGGACAAGGUCUCCAUCCUGGCCGCUGAGGACGGUUCAGGUGUCGGUGCCGCAUUGAUUGCGGCUUUGACUCUGAAGCGCGUCAAGGAGGGUAACAUGGCUGGUAUCCGUAACAUGGAUGACAUGAAGACCCUCCUGUGA